GUUUUAUAUCACAAAAUAUUGCAAACAUUAAAUAAAAGUAAAAAUUAUCGUUUUUCUAAAAUGAAGUUUUGUAAGUGUAAGUAAGGAUAGUUGCAUUUUUUCUCUCAAUAUUUUACAAAAUUACUAUUUAUUGUAUUCUAAAUUAGUUUAAAUUUUACCCUUGACGAUAUUAAUAAUUCAAAUUUUGUAAUUAAUUUCUUCACUUGCCAUCUGGAACAGGUAUAUGUUUUUAUUAAUAAUUACUAAAUGAUAAUAAACAUAUAAUUUAGUUAUGGAUUAUUAUUCAUAUAAAGUAAUUUUGUCUAUUUUUUCAUGGUUACAAAUAAAUACUUAGUAUAAAAGUAAAAUAGUAAAAUAGUUGUUAAAUGACAUUUACCAUCUUAAUAGGUUUAUUUGUGAUUAUUGUAUAGGUAGUUAACAGUCCUAAGUAAUACAAUAUUAUAAUAUUACAGUUCAUUUUUUUUAAAUCUAGGCCUUGAUAAAAUUAAUAAAAACAUUUUUUCCUUUUUAUUUAGUUUAUUAUUAUCAAAUAAUAUACCUUAGAUACCCAUAACAGUUUGAAAGUAUUUUUCCAAAAAUAUAGGUAACUGUUCAAACAAAUUAUUUUAGUUAUUUCUAUAUUAUCAAUAAAAAGAAAUUUUGGUACAGAUAAUAUAAAAAAAUUACUUUUAAUAUACUUGAUCUACCUAGCUAUUUUGACUGUAAUAAAGAAAAAACAAAAUUGUAUUUUAUAAUUUUUAGUUGGUAAAUUUAACCAUUUACUUUAAAUUUUAGUGAUUAAGAAAUUGGCAGAAACUGCUAAUAUUUGAUAUCAUCAUAAAUUUAAUUUAUUUGGCUAUAUAGAAAUACAUUAAUACUUCAAAAGAAACUAAUGAAUUCAUGUUAGCAUUUUUAACAGUAAUAUCCUUCUAAUGAUUCAGGAGAUAAAUUUAUUACCCUUCUCUACUCCUCCAGUCCAAACUUUAAACUGUUAUAAUUUAUAAGCGGUAAAUCUGAUAUUAGUAUUAUGUAUAUCAAAAUUUCAAGAAAAAUAUUUUCUAUUUAAAUCUGUGUUUAAAAGGGGGAAGGGGUUCUUAUUUGAAAAUCAAAAGUAUGUACUUAUUUAAGGUAUAUGGAGUAGAGCUAAAAAUUAAAUAAUCCCAUAAUGAUUAGAAAAAACAGAAAUCAAAUUCACUUAAAAUCUUUUGAGAUAAUUGCUGGUUCAUGAUAAAAAAAAAUCAUUCUGUAUAUAUAUAUAUAUAUGUUUUAUUUUCAAUACCAUUUUAACAAUUUAAUAUAGGUAUUCAGCUAAAAAAAUAUAAAUAAUACAUAGAAAAAAGUUUUAUUUAUUGGAAAUAUUUUGAAAUUAUGAUGAAAGGAAAGAAAAUCAGACCAUCUAAUGUCUCGUCUCCGAAUCUGCUUCUUAGUUUUCCCAUGUAUGCAGCUGCUGUAAACGCACAUUCUGGUUCAAUACUAUUGGAAGGAAUGGACAUUAGAUAUUUAAAUGCUAUUGCUAACUGAUACCCUCAUGAGUAUUCAUAUUCCUUCAUUCUCAUACAGACUCAUCUCUUGAGUAACAGUUUUUAAAAGACAAUGUGAUUUUUGAGAUUUUCAGGAUUGAGAGUUCUUAAACUUUUAUUAAUUUCAAGAUUCAACUUUUCUUUUAACGAUAUUUUGAUAGGUUCAUCAUCUUGCAGUAGUUUUCAUUAUUUUGAACAUUUAUCUGACCAUUUACCCGUUUGAUCGUUUUUUCACUCAACAUUAAAAUAUUCACUAAAUAAUAUAAUAUGUUUAUUGUUUAUAUUUAUUAUAUAUAUUUUUUUCUAUAUUAUUCUACAUUAAAUACUCAGUCACGAAAAUCCUGAAAUUAGUUAUUUGUUAAUCCCGGGAUUGUAUUCUCUACUCUUAAUAUAUAAUAUGAACCAAGCAAUUAUUUAUUAUUAUUAAUACUAAAUAUUUCUUUUAAUAAAACAUAAUUGUUAUAUAUCAAUUAUUUUGAAAUAUAAAUAUUAUAUAGUUAAACUUCUGAAUAGCGGAGACUCUUAGUUACCGAAAUUUUGUUCGCUAUUCAGGGGGGUUAAACUUUUGAAACUAUAGGGUAGAUGUGUAAGAGGAAAAACAUUUGUACAAGGUUAAAUUAAAUUACAUAUAAUUUUAUUAUUUAAUGUUUUCAUGAUAUAAUAAUGUGUAUAAUAAUAAAAAAAAAAGUAUGUACAUACAUAUUUAAAGAAAUUAUCAUGUCCAAAACCUUCACUUACUAAUGAAUAACACAAAAUAUCUGCAGUUAAGACUUUGAUAUUUUUGUUAUAAUGGUCAUUAGUUUUCGUAAUCUUAUCUUAUCACCCCAUAACAACUUUAAUGAAAAAGAUAAUUAUUGUUAUAUUAAUGAGAAUGUGUUUUUCUGUAGUCGUUUUGAGAUUAAACAUAAUUUUUAUUAUUAUUAAAACUAUUUUAAAUAUUCCUUUCUCCUGAUGUCUUUAUUACGUUUCAAUAAUGUAAAAAGCUUCGCUUUACACAAUAACUAUUAUUUAAACUAAAAAAGAUUGAAUAACAUCCUAAUUGUUGGAAGUCUAACUAAGGGAAAUAAAGAAAGAGAAAAAAUAAUAUACCUAACCUAAUUAAAAACUUAAAAAUGGUAUCCAAAACUUAAAAAAAAAAAAGGGUCAUAAUUAAUGACACAGCAUGUAGUACAUUAUGAAUAUAUCAAUAUUUAGACAAAUUUAGAACUAAACAAAAAGGAAUUUAGUAAUUGGCAAGAUAUAGUAUUUAAAGGAAAUCAAUAGUACCUUACAAACAGAAGUUUAGAUAACAAAUUUAGACUGACUACAUGCUUACAAUUAGCUUAACUAGUGAGGGUAGGUGAAUAAUCAUUGAGUGUCAAUCUAUAUAAAAUCUAGUCAAUCAUCCAGAAUAAUUCAUACUCAAUCAAUGGAAAUCAGAGGUUUUAAAAGCUCCUCUGCCAUCAAUUUAGGUACAUCUCAAUUUAAGCUUUUUGGUUUAUAACUUUUUUAGGAUUUCAAAAGCAUAGUGAAAAGAACUGAUUUAAGAGAAAUUAAAUAAAGGCAACAAAUUGUUGGACAGUCAUGAAAAUGGUGCUGUCACAAAGACAACGUGAAGAAUUGUAAGUUGUAAUAAUCAAAGUAUAUUAUUUCAUAUUGUUGAUAUUAUACCUUUCAAUUUUAAUAUAAAAAUAAAUACCUUUCAUUAAUUAACAAUUAAUUUUUUUUUUUUUAGAAAUAAAGCUAUAGCUGAUUACCUUAGCAGUAAUAGUUAUCAUAAUGCUCUAGAAGGAUUGAAAAAAGAUGCAGAUAUGCCGGGUGAAGUUGAAAAUAAAUAUGGAGGUUUACUCGAAAAGAAGUGGACAUCAGUAAUUAGACUGCAAAAAAAGGUAGAUUAAUUAACAAUUAUUGUUAAUACUAUUGUAAAUUAUAAAAAAUGGUAUUUGAAAAAAUAAUUAUUUCAUAAUUUGAUUUAAAAUAUAAGGUAAGUGAGCUAGAAUCAAAACUUUCUGAGUAUGAAAAAGAAAUUAACUCUGGAGCUCCCAAAAGAGCAUUACGUUCACCGAGUGAUUGGAUACCUAGAGCUCCUGAAACACACUGUUUAACUGGUCAUAGAGAGACAAUUAUUAAAGUUAUAUUUCAUCCUGUUUUCAAUAUUCUUGUGUCUGCAAGUGAAGACGCUACAAUAAAAAGUUGGGAUUAUGAGACUGGUGAGUAUGAGAGAACAUUAAAAGGUCAUACAGAAGCUAUUCAAGAUAUUGCAUUUGAUGAGAGUGGUAAACUAUUAGGUAAUUCACUAGUAAAAUAAUAUACAUAAAUAUGUUUUGGUAUUUAAUUGUAUAUAUUUUUGUAGUUUCUUGUAGUGCUGAUAUGAGCAUAAAGCUGUGGGAUUUCAGUCAAACAUAUGAAUGCAUCCGUACUAUGCAUGGUCAUGAACAUAGUGUAUCUGGUGUUUGUUUUCUUAAAGGUGGAGAUUUUAUAGUUUCUUCAUCUAGGGAUAAAACAAUUAAAAUGUGGGAAGUAAAUACAGGGUAAGAUUAUUUUAUUCUGUGAUUAAGUUAAAUUUGUAUUAUUCUAUAUUUCUAACUGUAGAUAUUGUGUUAAAACAUUUACUGGCCAUCGUGAGUGGGUUAGAAAAGUUAAAGUUUCCCCUUGUGGACAACUUUUAGCCUCAUGUUCUAAUGAUCAUACUGUAAAAGUUUGGAUAAUUGCUGCAACACAGUGUAAAGUAAGAUAGAUGAUAGAUUUUUAUAAAUAAAAUCAUAUAACUAAUUGGUAUUCAUUUUGAAAAGGCUGAUUUACGAGGACAUGAACAUGUAGUUGAAUGUAUUGCUUGGGCACCAGCUGCAGCAUCAUCAGCAAUUAAUGAAGGAGCUGGAGUAGAUCAGAAAAAAAAUGGUUAUGAAGGUCCUUUUAUUAUAUCUGGUUCAAGAGAUAAGUCUAUUAAGGUAUGUAUUACAUUUUUCUAUUUUAAAUAGAUGUUUAUUAAAGUUUUUUUUUAUUAGAUGUGGGAUGUUGCAUCACGUUCAUGUUUGUUUACUAUGAUUGGACAUGAUAAUUGGGUGCGAGGUUUAGUUUUUCAUCCUGGUGGUAAAUAUGUUUUAUCUGCAAGUGAUGAUAAAACACUAAGAAUUUGGGAUUUGGCAAAUAAACGUAAUAUGAAAACUCUACUAGCCCAUGGACAUUUUUGUACAACAGUUGGUUAGUAAUAUAGUUUAAUUUUUAGUAGAUUUUAUAUAAUAAUUUAUAUUUUUAUUUCAGAUUUUCAUAGAUCCCAACCAUUUGUAAUAACAGGUAGUGUAGAUAAGACCAUAAAAGUUUGGGACUGCCGUUAAUAUUUAUGUUUCAUCAAUUUUCAUAAUGUUCAUAAUAUAAUGCGCUCUACUCUGCUAAUUUUAAACCAUAUCUCCACUAUAAUAACACAAAUGAAGUUUUAAUUUUCUAGUCUAUCAUAGAAUUGUAGGUAGUCUCCCAGGUUUAUAUGUAAAAAUGUAGCACCGCUUUUUUUAAUUUUUAAAGAAACUCCUUUGCUGUGUGUGUUAUAAGUAUUUGUAAUUUUUAUUAUUUUUCUCAUAAUUAGUUUAUAAUAAUGUAAUAGGUUUUAAAUAAAAUAAUUAUUUUAUUUGCAUAUUGGCUUUUCGUUUAUGACGAUAUAUCUUUUUGUUAAAAUACGCAAUAUUUUAAUUGAGAGUUUUAAAUUAUAUUUUUUUUUUUCAAAAAUGCCUUGAGUUUUGGAUUCAACUGAAUUCAGUUUGAUUUGUUAUAUUAAACUUAUUAUUAUUAAUAUAUUUCUUUUAUAAUUAGGAAAUUAUUAAUGUAUUGGCAUUAUAUAUAAGAGCUGCUGCAUUUAAGGUACUAAGUAUAUUUUAUUCAUUCAAUAAGAACUGUUUUCUUACAUUUUUUUAAACAAUCAUCUAAUAUCAUUUUAAAUUAUAUAGCCUUUAAAAAAACUAAAUUGUACCUUUUGUUCAUGGAUUUUUUUUUUUUAACGUUAUUAGUAUACAAAUAUCCUAUAAUUAUAAUAGUAUUAUGUUCAAUUUUUAUAUAUUAUUUUUCAUGAAAACUAUUUGAAUAUUUUAGUAAAUUUUAUCUACAUAUUUUAUUUUUUAAAAUAUAUUAGCUUUAUAAAGCACAGUGAGGUUUAUAUAUUUUUACUAAUCAUUGUUACUUCCUUUAAUUAGCUGCACCAAGGAUUUGUCACUGUAGCAAAUUUAUUUUUAAAAUAUACUCAGUAGUUUUUUUUUUAAUUAUGUCAAUCAACCUUUGUGACUGUAUAAUAUACAUCUUGGGUUUUCUGGCCAUCAAGACCAUUCCAUCACACAUAUACAUUAUAAAAACAAGAUAAAAUAUGUACAAUGAUAGAUCAGAAAUUUCAACACCAAAAUGUAUUUAAACAUUUUUAAUAAUCGCUG